AUGGACUCUUCGGACCCAGUUGAGGGACCCUCCGGAAAGUCUCUGUUCAUACCCCAGCCCUUGUUCCUGAGGGUGCUCCAGGGCGGCGGUGCCCGCAGGGACACGUUUACCUACGACCAGGUUUUAUUCUAUCUUGGCGAAUAUAUCAAGGCAAAGGGAUUAUUUGAUAAAAUACAGCCACAUAUUGUCUGUUGCUCUAAUGACCUUCUUGGAGAUGUGUUUGGAGCUUCCAGCUUCUCCAUGAGCGAGCACAGGAAAUUGUGUUCAAUGAUCUCUAGAAACUUGAUAGAAGUUGAUCUGUCAGAAUCCACUAGUCCAUUUGGGUCAAGGGAAGAGACCAGAAAUCUGUACGAAUUGGAGAGUGAACACCAGGAAUUGGUACAAGAACUAUGGGAAGAGUAUCCAUCCCCUAGUGUGGGCACUACACCACCUAACUCUGAGAGAUCAUCAAGUGAAUCAGAAGACGGUAUGGAUGAAUUGCCUUGUACACAGCCUAGAAGCCAGGCAAUGUCAGAGAGCAGCCUUCCUCUCUCAUCUGAUGGAUGUGGUGUGCUUGGUGGCACAGGCCCUGGGCAGAACAGUCCGGGUCCCUCCGAGUCCAUCACUUCAACUUCGGAGCCAGUGCAGGAACCAGGGGAAGAGCAUCCACCCCCCAUUGUGGACACUGGACUGGCCACCUCCUCUGGAAGACGACCAUGUGAAGCCGAGGAUAGUUCGGAUGAAUCGCCUUGCAGACAGCUGAGAAAACGGAAGAAAUCCGACAGCAGCGUUUCUCUCCUGUUUGAUGACUGCGACAUAUGCAGUGUCCUGUGCCCUGGACAGGAGAAUGACUUGGAGGCUUUCUCUUCAAGUCCGGAAUCCGUGCAAGAAGACUGGGAAGAGCAUCUGUUCCCCAGUGUAGACAUUAUACCAUCUGCCUCCUCUGGAAGACCACCAAGUGAAAUAGAAGCUAGUGUGGAGGAGAUGCCUUGUGGAAAAGCAGGAAACCCUGAGGAAGCCAAAAGCAGUAUCGCCUACCCGAGUGGCAGAUACUCUGUGCACAGCUUAAGCCCUAUUUCAGAGGCCUACCCGUCAAGUCAGGAGCCAAUGCAGGAACCAGGGGAAGAGCAUCCACCCCCCAUUGUGGACACUGGACUGGCUACUUCUGGAAGACCAUGUGAAGCAGAAAACAAUGUGGAUGAGCCGCGUCCAUCGGGAGACUGUAAGAAAUUGAAGAGCAGCGUCUCUCACUCAAGUGGGGGCUGCUGUGGAGGCAGCCGCCCUUCAAGCCCGGACAACCAGGCUGACUCUGCUUCAGACCGCUUCAGUGUGGAAUAUGACGUGGAUUCCUUGGAUUCUGAGGACUUCGCCAUUAAUCCGCAACGGGAGGAGCUGACCUUGGAGGGCGCGUGUGCGGAGGGGGACCCUGCCCAGCCGCAGCAGCCCAGCAGCAGUGGGAUCGACUGGGAGCCCGGUCCUUCCCACGCUCAGACAGGUGGAAGACCGGCACAGGGGAGCAACCCCCAAGAGCCCCCUGAGCAGGCCGUGCUGGCACCCUGCUCCCAGGGCGCCUCUGGGGACUCUCCUCCCGCCCCGUUCCAGGUAGGCACCAGGCACAGUAUGAAUUUCCAGGAGCCUUGCAUCCUCUGUCUGAGCGAACCCAAGGAUUGCUGCAUGGUGCACGGUGUCACCGGCCACGUGGUAACCUGCUUCAUGUGUGCCUCCAAGCUGCGGCAACGCCGUAAGCCCUGCCCCGUGUGCCGAUUGCCCAUCGACCAUAUCAUUUUCAUCUACUUGCUCUAG